AUGGGUGUCGACAAGAAGAUCCUUUCCCCUGGCAACGGCACCAGCUUCCCCAAGCCUGGCGACUACGUCGACAUGCACUAUACCGGCUGCCUGUACGAUGCCAGUCAAGCUGACAACCACUUCAUGGGUAAGAAGUUCGAUAGCUCCUACGACCGCAAAAAGCCUCUCGGCAGCGCUAUCGGUGUCGGCAGACUCAUCAAGGGUUGGGAUGAGGGUGUACCCACCAUGAGCUUGGGCGAGAAGGCCAUUCUCACCAUUACUCCCGACUACGCCUACGGCCCUCGUGGUAUUCCCGGUGUCAUUCCCGAGAAUGCUGUUCUCGUCUUCGAGGUCUCCCUCGAGAAGAUUACCCCACAGUAA